CAAACUUGGGCUGAGCUGCUGCUUGUGUUCAUAGUUUUGGAAAAGGGUUUCUGGGUUUUUUUAACUUAGAGAAAUAUUUUAUUACUGAUUUUUGAAGUAUCACUGCCUUGCAGGUUUCCAAUUUACAGUAUUUUUUUAUCUUCUUUCUCUUUUUGAAAUCCGUGGAUUGUUUGAGAAACAUUUCCUGAGGAUUAAGCUACUGGUAUGCUUUUGGCGCCUGUGAAUGGUUGAGUGCUUUGAAUUUCAAGGAAAACCAAAACAAUUUCAGCUGAAGUGAUCAUUUUGAUCAAAAUUCAUAUCUAAAAUCAUGGGAGAAGGUACUGGAAAUGGGGUUCUGGCUGAGAAUCGGUCGGCCGAUGAUUGGUUAUCGCACGCGCAAGAGCUUGUUCCGAUGGCGCUUGAUAAGACAAGGGAAGUGAAGGUGUUUCCCGGUAGGUGGAAGAUGAUUAUUUCGAAACUGGAGCAAAUCCCUUCGUGCUUAUCGGAUUUAUCGAGCCAUCCUUUCUUCUCGAAAAAUGCUCUUUGUAAGGAGCAAUUGCAGGCUGUUUCGAAGACAGUGAAGGAAGCAAUUGAAUUGGCGGAUUUAUGUAUGAAGGAGAAGUAUGAGGGGAAGCUUAAGAUGCAGAGUGAUCUAGAUGCAUUAUCGGGGAUGUUGGAUCUGAAUUUACGGGAUUGCGGACUUUUGAUCAAGACCGGUGUGCUCGGUGAAGCUACUUUGCCUUUGUCUUUUGUCGGCUCUUCAUCGGAAUCCGAGUCCGCAGCGUAUGGCCAUCUAAAGGAUCUGCUUGCACGACUUCAGAUCGGGCAUUUGGAAGCGAAGCACAAAGCUCUUGACAGCCUUGUUGAGGCCAUGAAGGAGGAUGAAAAGAGUCUACUGUCCGUUAUGGGACGGAGUAAUGUCGCUGCUUUAGUCCGGUUGUUAACCGCCACUUCUCCCGGUAUCCGGCAAAAGACUGUGACUUUUAUCUGUUCACUUGCGGAAUCCGGGAGUUGCGAGAGUUGGCUUGUGUCGGAAGGUGUUUUGCCGCCUCUCAUAAGGCUUGUUGAAUCUGGCAAUACGGUUGGUAAAGAGAAGGCAACGAUUUCACUGCAGAGAUUAUCGAUGACUGCCGAAACCGCCCAAGCUAUCGUCGGGCAUGGUGGGGUUCCGCCACUGAUUGAAAUCUGCCAGACCGGAGACUCAGUUUCACAGGCUGCAGCAGCUAGUACAUUAAAGAACAUAUCGGCUGUCCCUGAGGUUCGACAAAUACUAGCCGAGGAAGGAAUUAUAAAGGUGAUGAUGAAUCUCCUCGAACACGGAAUUUUGUUGGGAUCCAAAGAAUAUGCAGCGGAGUGCUUGCAGAAUCUCACUGCCGGCAAUGAGAGUCUGAAGAGAUUGGUUAUUGCCGAAGGCGGAAUUAAAAGCUUAUUGGCAUACCUCGAUGGUCCUUUGCCCCAAGAAUCCGCUGUCGGAGCCCUGAGGAAUUUGGUUGGUUCAGUUUCAAUCGAAGUUCUGAUAUCACUCGGUUUCCUCCCUCGAUUAGUCCAUGUGCUUAAAUCUGGAUCGCUCGGCGCGCAACAAGCUGCAGCAGUAGCCAUCUCUCGAGUUUGCAAUUCCGUGGAAAUGAAGAAACUAGUGGGUGAAGCAGGGUGCAUCGGCCUUCUCGUUAGAAUGCUGGAGGCUAAAUCGAAUAAUGCUCGAGAGGCAGCUUCGCAAGCCCUUUCGAGCUUGCUAACCAUCUCUCCGAAUCGCCGAGAAGUAAAAAAGGACGAUAAAAGUGUGCCGAAUCUGGUCCAGUUGCUGGAUUCAAGUCCCCAAAAUACAGCAAAAAAAUAUGCGAUUGCGUGCCUUGCAUCGCUCUCGACAUGUAAGAAAUGCAAGAAGCUUAUUGUCUCGUAUGGAGCAAUCGGGUAUCUGAAGAAGCUGUCGGAGAUGGAAAUUCCCGGUGCGAAGAAGCUCCUGGAGAGGUUACAGAGAGGGAAGCUUAGAAGUUUGUUCAGCCGGAAGUAGAGGAAGAAGCUCCUUUUGGUAUGGUGUUAUGUUUCAUUGUCUGAAUGAAGCCAAGUAGUUAAUGAUAUGAAACCAAGGUGUUCGAUAAUUGUAUGCUAUCAAUGUUUUAAUAUUUGUGUAAUAGAGCUUCCCUGUUCCUGACAUUGCCUUCUGGAAAACUAUAAUAAUA